AUGCCCAGCGACAAGCUCUACUUCGACCCCAACGGGCUCUACAUCCUCCUCACGGAUAUGGGAGCGCCCGACCAGUUCCACUGGGGCUUUUAUCUCGCAGAAUCCGAGGACCACGGCCGCGUCUACCACCUCAUCAACAACAAGGACACCAAUUACGGGUGGGAAUACGACUCGCACUGGACCGACGGCGUUCCCAAGUCCAAAGCACUGCUCCUUGCCCACAAGAUUGCCGUGAUGGAUCCCGGUCUGCACAAGCCUAUGGGUGCCCUGCUGGAGGCAGUCUCGGCCGAUCUCCCCGUUACCUGCCGCGUCUGGCUUAAGAGAGCGUUGCACGAUCUAGAUGAUGCGGGCUUCAUUGCGCUUACUUCCCCGAGGCAGUGGGUGACAUCGAGCGCGAGGUGGAGAGGCAGGCUGCUCACAACAAGCUACGUGACCGUCGGACUAUCCAAUCCUGCCCCUGGAGUAAGGCUUAGGGUAUAG